AAAGUUUUAAAGAAAUUUGUAGAAAUGUUUAGAGCUUCAAAAUUCAAACUUUUAUAAAAAUCCCAAACAAAAGUUUGAAAUAAUAAAAUUAAAGCUGUUUUUGGGAAAAUUCGAAGGAGAGUCCCAGAAAGGGGAAAACCAUAGAAAAAGCUUUGUUGUUGUUCAUCUUCUACAAUUCCUUCCGGUGAUUCCAUUUCCAGUUUCAAAAAUCGCCAACAUUCUCCUCUUCUCCACCCGAAGGAUCAUCGAAUUUCUAUUUUUUGCUUCCAUUUCUUGCUCCGGAAACUGUUCAAGUUGCCCUAAUGGGCGUCGAAUCAAACUCCGCGCCGCCCCCGCCAACGUCCUCCUCUUCUACGCCAUCUCCGAGCGGGAAGAGGGCCAGAGAUCCCGACGAUGAAGUUUACCUCGACAAUUUCCACUCUCACAAACGCUACCUCAGUGAGAUAAUGGCUUCUAGUUUGAACGGAUUGACGGUGGGGGACCCCCUUUCAGAGAAUCUUAUGGAUUCCCCUGCGAGGUCAGAGUCUAUGCUUUAUCAAAGGGAUGAAAUGUCCUGGCAAUAUUCCCCUAUGUCAGAAGACUCAGAUGACUGCCGGUUUUGUGAGACAUCCACCAAUUUGUUUCCCUCGCAGUCUGAUAGCAGUGUACCUACCAGCCCGGUCUCUCCAUACCGAUAUCAGAGGCCAUUCAGUGGGGUGGCUCCUUCAACAGGUACCAAUACUUCGCUUGGAUGUUCUACUACCAGUCCCGUCACUAGCUUGCAGCCCCAUCAACGUGGAUCAGAUUCUGAGGGUCGUUUCCCAUCAUCUCCAAGUGAUAUAUGUCACUCAGCAGAUCUGAGAAGGGCUGCGCUCCUGCGUUCGGUACAGAUGAGAGCACAACCUCCUGGUCCAUCAUCUAUGGAGUUGCCAUAUUGCUCUAUGCCUGAGCCUGGACCAAAUAUAGAAGCUGAAGACCGGCCAUGCUCUUGUAUAAAAUCGUUGGUUGAUGAAAGAGUUUAUCAACUUGAGGAAUGCUCAUCAAUGGGGUUGGGAGUGUCUGAGUCCGAAUAUAAUGAACAGAAAUCAUGCAAGGACUUGAACAGGGAUAUGAAAGACAGCCGGUCUGGAGGGUAGUAAAUGCUAAAAAUGUACAGAGGAAAAUCUCUUCUAACAUAACAACACAUGUGACACAUUGCUGCUGUGAGACUGGAAAAUGUUUGCCUAAUUUACUUGCUUUCUCUUGAUUGAGGAUGGUUUAGUCUUCUGCUAGCUCCAUUUCCAAGUGCGUGGUGCCUUGUGCUAUUUUCAUUGUCAAGUGUGUGUGGAAGUUGCGUUUAACCAUUCAACGCCUGUGAAGCCUGGGUUGGGAAGAUGUUCAUGGUUGAUCUGGGUUAAUCAUGUAUGAAAGCUCUGUCUAUCUAUUUGAGUCUAUUGGAGCUACCGGAGUCAAGAGAAGAAGUUUCUCAGAGUUAAGUUUAUUGAUAAAUGAUGCGGCUUUAUGCGUCACAAGGUUGAAGUUGCAAGUGUUCCAUUCGUUUCAUAUCUGUGAGAACACUGUUAUUAUUGAAUUAUUUUGUUCUAAUUGUGUUAUGAGCAUGCAGGCAUAAUUGAUGAGAAAACUAAAAGAUUUAAAGAGGUGAGGAAGGGAGCAAAGGGAAUUUGAAGCAAAUAGCUAAAAUAACAUACAUUAUAUUGUAGAGUAUAGUAAAAUUACCGAUUAGAUAGCUGAUGUAUCUAUCAUUGGUAUGUAUAUUUUUUUUCCAUUUGGAUUUGUAUAGUUGGAGACUGCAAGUUACCAUUCUGAAGAGCUACUGAUCGUCCAUAAAAAAAUUGCAUGUAUCUAUGUUGGGGGGUGUUUUCUCUCUUAGGUUUUCAACAGUUUUAAAUCUUGUUGUUUUAUUUA